AUGAAGAAACAGCAUCAUGCCUAUACACUGAAAUGUGAUGAUCAGUACCACCGAUUGGAUCUCAACAUUGUCCUAUCACAUAAAUUCUUAGAGGAGUUUAAACAAUCAUGUUUGGAACAUCCAUUGAAACACGAAUUUUGUAUUGAAGAAGACAAAUUCUUAUUAUUUAUUGAGCAUCGAGGAAAGAUCAAUGACGACGAAGAGAAACGGAGCACACCUUCGGAACUUGUACAAGAGUAUAGAGAGGAGAGAAAGAAGAAUGCACAGGUGUUCAACAAACCUGAUGUCGACGGGUCACGCUUAAAAGAGCGAUUGAAUAGUUUAAAAGAAAUGGGAUUAAGAUACCAAAUUUUGUACGCUCAAGUCAACGAAGAAAUUGAAAAGAUUAAAGAAGAGUUGGAGAAGGAAAAAACGGAGGAGGAGAAGCUAUUGAAAUUGAAAAAGCAACGAGAAAAGAAAUCAAACAUACCGAAAUCUAUUAACCGAGCCCAAUCCAGUGUAUAUAUUGAUCCUUCUCACAAGAAUGCAAGUAUUCGUGUCGAUAUUACAGUGAGUGGCAAAAACUUUGGUCCUGCCACACUCAGAAGUAGAGAAAAAUACCUAAUAGAAGCGUCACCAGUCAUAAAGAAAAUUCUGGAAGAUCCUGUCACCAAAAUCGCUGUAGAUGAGAACGACGAAAAGUUCAAACAAAUCGCGUUCAGUGAAAAUGAUAAGCAAUACAAGGAUUUAAAGUUAUACGAUUGCUUUCACCCUGAAACGUUUAAAAAAUUCCUUCUAUUUUCUGAAAACCCAAAUCUAAAACAAAAGUAUAAUUUAAUAUUGGAUAAACAGGAGGAAGUGAACGCAGAAAAUGAAAAUAAUAUUAAUGAUGCAGUCAACAAGUUAAAUGAGAUAAAGAUAAAACAUUUGAAACGAUUCGAAGAAAAUAUCAGAAGGUACAAAGCUGAACUGGAGCAGACUAUGGAAAAAUGUAAAGAAUUUGAUAUGGAAAAAUUGCGAUUGCUUUAUGAAGUUCACAAAUACAAUGAACUGGACAAGGUGGACAAACUUUUUGAGGCGAGAAAGAAGGAAGUUGAUCUCUUUUUUGAUGAAGAAAUUCGAAAAACGAAAGAACUCUUCUCAAAACAACAAACCACGCGAAGAAACCAAAUUUCUGGUGAUCUGGUUAAAUAUGAGAAAUUACUGAAUGAAAUAUUCCCUAAAGAAACUCUUGUUUCCCUGCUAAUUUUGGCUGAUCUUCUUCAAGCAACGGAGUUAAAGAACUCUUGCAUCAAAGCCAUGACGGAAAACUUUGAAAUACACUUGUAUCAUGAAGCUCUUGGGGCAAGAAUGAUGACUGAAACGAUGGCGGAAAUUCUCGCUCAGUUACCAGUUCAAAAACUUAAGGAUCUCAAAAAUAGUUAUGGAUUUCAUUUUUCAAGAGCAAUGGUUGAAAAAGAAAUUGAAUAUAGAAAAGGAAUGUUAGCAGAUGAAUUCAGAGACAAGACUGUAGAGGAUUUAAUGGAGCUCACUAAAAAGGGGUGUGUGUUUCCUGACGUAUUGGAAUCAGAAAUUGAAAAGAGAAAAAACAAGAAACCUUAUGUCUCUCUUAACACUGAAAGAUGUUCGCCAUUCUUAAGCAUUGACGAUGAUUUUGUAACGGUUCACUUGAAAGGGCAAAAAAGAUACUCCACUGUGCAUGCCACCCAUUCCUUAAAUUACAAAGGAUGGGCCAAAUGGUAUUUUGAAGUAUUGAUUGAACAGUUUGAUGAAUCGUUUGGGUCAAGCAUUAGUAUUGGAUGGGAUGUGGAUCGAUCAAGUUGUGAUGGACCAAUCAUUGGAUUAACGCCUGGUAAUCGAAAUCAAUUUGGUUACAGUUGGCAGUCAGACGGAUUACUGCACCAUUACGGAAAAGGAAUGUUUAUUGGAACAAAAUUCGGAGCUGGUGACGUGAUUGGAUGUGGCAUCAAUCAAACAAAGAAGAAGCUCACGUUCUACAAGAAUGGAGAAAAAAUUAUUCUCAUCAAAAAAGAAUCCAAUAGAAGAAUUCAAGAAAUCAAAUCCAUAGCGAUACAAGACGACUUUUAUGAGCUAUUUCCAGCUGCAUGUCUUUAUUCAACCAAGAAAAACUCUGAUUGCACCAUUCGAUUCAAUUUCUCUGGACCAUUUAUCAAUCAACCAAAACACUAUGAGCCAUAUGGGGAUCAAAGGCAAAUUUUGAAGCAGCAAAAGCAAAUUAAGGAGUUGGAGUGA